UCUUUUUUAAAGCUAUCCCAAAUCCUAUAAGAUGUUUGCAGGAUUUCGGCAAUCUUACUCCUGAAGUCGUGUCCCAAAUCUCAUGAGAUUUUGCUCAAAUCAUUAUCAUCAUCAUCAACAACAACAGCAACAUUUUGGAAGGACUAGGGAGGUUCCAGAUGCCCAUGGACUUAUGGAUAUGAUGAUCCCUCAUAUAUGUAAUGCGAAGCUUUUUCAGUGGAUUACUGAACAGAAAUUCAUCUCUUAUUAAUGAGUAUGCAUAUGCUAGUAAUCGUUCACUGAAGAAAACACAGGGUUAUAUCCUUCAUCGUGACCUCAUGGUUUAAGCGGGCAUAAAGAUGAGUAUAAGCAGUGAUGAGGUUAACUUCCUCGUAUAUAGAUAUUUGCAAGAGUCCGGGUUUUCUCAUUCAGCAUUUACCUUCGGUAUCGAGAGCCAUAUCAGCCAGUCCAACAUCAACGGUGCUCUGGUGCCCCCAGCUGCUUUGAUUUCAAUAAUUCAAAAAGGCCUGCAAUAUGUGGAGGCAGAAGUCAGUAUUAACGAGGAUGGUACUUUGUUUGAUGGCCGGCCGAUAGAGUCUCUCUCGCUGAUAGAUGCCGUGAUGCCCGAUGUGGUACAAACAAGGCAGCAGGCGUACAGAGACAAGCUUGCUCAGCAGCAGGCAGCCGCGGCCGCAGCCGCAGCGGCUUCAACAAAUCAACAAGGAUCUACAAAAAAUGGUGAAAAUACUGCAAACGGAGAGGAGAAUGGCGCCCACACUAUAGCAAAUAAUCAUACAGAUAUGAUGGAAGUGGAUGGUGAUGUUGAAAUCCCUCCAAACAAAGCAGUGGUGCUGCGGGGUCACGAAUCUGAAGUUUUCAUCUGCGCCUGGAACCCUGUCAGUGAUCUUUUGGCCUCAGGAUCUGGAGAUUCAACGGCAAGAAUAUGGAAUCUUAGUGAAAACAGUACCAGUGGAUCUACGCAGCUGGUUCUUCGGCACUGUAUACGAGAAGGAGGGCAAGACGUACCAAGUAACAAAGAUGUAACAUCUCUGGAUUGGAAUAGUGAAGGUACUCUCCUAGCAACAGGAUCGUAUGAUGGUUUUGCAAGGAUAUGGACUAAAGAUGGUAAUCUCGCCAGCACAUUAGGGCAGCAUAAAGGUCCCAUAUUUGCAUUAAAAUGGAAUAAGAAAGGGAACUUCAUUUUAAGUGCAGGUGUGGACAAGACCACAAUUAUUUGGGAUGCACAUACUGGAGAAGCCAAACAGCAGUUUCCUUUCCAUUCUGCACCAGCGUUAGAUGUUGACUGGCAGAGCAACAACACAUUUGCCUCCUGUAGUACAGAUAUGUGUAUUCAUGUCUGCAAAUUAGGUCAAGAUAAACCCAUCAAAACCUUCCAGGGCCACACAAAUGAAGUAAAUGCAAUCAAGUGGGAUCCCACUGGUAAUCUCCUGGCUUCUUGUUCCGAUGACAUGACUCUAAAGAUCUGGAGUAUGAAGCAAGAUAACUGCGUUCAUGAUCUGCAGGCCCACAACAAAGAAAUUUAUACUAUCAAAUGGAGUCCUACAGGGCCAGGAACAAACAAUCCCAACGCCAAUCUUAUGUUAGCAAGUGCAUCCUUUGAUUCUACAGUCAGGUUAUGGGAUGUAGACCGAGGAAUUUGCAUCCACACCUUGACGAAACAUCAAGAACCUGUGUACAGUGUAGCUUUCAGUCCUGAUGGUAGAUAUCUGGCCAGUGGUUCUUUCGACAAAUGUGUACACAUCUGGAACACACAGACGGGGGCUCUGGUGCAUAGUUAUCGGGGGACAGGAGGCAUUUUUGAGGUUUGCUGGAAUGCAGCAGGAGACAAAGUUGGAGCGAGUGCUUCAGAUGGUUCAGUUUGUGUACUAGAUCUACGGAAAUAGCGCUACUAGUUGGAAGCCAUGGACCGACUAUGAAUGUGUACAUAGCCAAAAUGACUGUCCCCACGACCCAUGUACUGCUAUUGUCCCAACUGAACCAUGGCCAGUCCACUACAGCCAAACCUGAAAUAAUU